AUGAACGAAGAAAACGUCGACGACAUCGAGGUGAAUUUAGAUGUUGCCUUAGCGAAUUGGACCAGAGAACGACGAGGUCAAACGUUGUUUCAAACGUUUAUCGAAGAGAACGAGGCGUUCGAGAGUUCCCAAUACGAUCUUUUCCACGGCGCGUGUUUGAUAGCGAUGCACGCGAAUCCAGAGUUGGACGUAAACGAGCAGAAAAAUCGAGUGAAAGCGUUGGCGGAGGAGGUGGAGAAAGAGUUGCCGGAAAACCGAGAGGAGCGCUUUACCUUGCGUACGAUUAAGAAAAUCUCCACGCUUUUAUUCAACAAAGAGGUGAAUCCAGAGACGGCGUUUCAAGGGAAUCUGGAGGAUUAUUACGCCGUCGGAAACUCGUGCGUGGACAAAGUUUUGGAUACGAAGCGAGGAAUUCCGAUUACGUUAUCUUUGAUAUACAUGGAAAUCGCGAAAAUGGUCGGAAUUAACAUGGUUGGCGUGAAUCUUCCCGGACAUUUUAUGAUUCGCCCAGCAGAUGUGCCCGAAUGUGAGAUUUUAGUCGAUUGUUUUCACGAUGGAGACGUGUUGUUCGUAGAAGACGCCGAAGAAAUGCUCUCCAAACUGUAUAGACUACGGAAAGGCGAACGAGUCACCAUCGAUAGAUCUUUUCUGGAAGAUAACCACUUAAAACCGAGAGCAUUUUACACGAGAAUGCUGACGAACCUCAAGUCCAUAUACUUUAACAAGAGCGAUUACAAGAACGCGUUGGCGAUGUGCGAAUACCAGAAGUACUGCUCGCCGGAUGGGGCGAUAAGAAUAAUGAACGUGAGAGACUCUGGGAUGUGUCAUUUUUUACUACACAACUACAGCGACGCAAUGUUAGACUUAACGGAAUAUUUAGAGUCUGAGUAUUCCAGCAAUAUCAGCGCGGAAGAUAGAGCUAGCGUUCAGAACAUGCGAGAUCAAGCGAGGUUGCACUUAUCGCGCUUUUAG